AUGGCACUUGACAGUUAUCUCGCGGCGCAUAACCUCGCAUUGGUACCCAAACAAUCGUCUUAUCGAGCUAUUGUAACUCGUUCUCCGGUACCUAAAGGAAGUGUAAUAAUAAAGUCUCCUCCUCUGUGUUCAUUUCCGACGUCUUCCGUUGCUGAUUCUAUUUGUAAUCAUUGUUUCAAUUCACAAGUUUCUCGAUUAACACCUUGCGCUACCUCUUCUUCAUCCUCUUCUCACAGCUUGAUGCGAUGCUCUCGAUGUAAAUCGGCGUUUUAUUGUAGUGUUCAAUGUCAGAGAAAAGCGUGGAAUUUACAUCACAAAUGGUUGUGCGAUGGAAUGGUGAUUACAGAUAACACAAAUGGGGAUUACGAAAUGUUGCGGAGAGUCUGUCUAGUCAUUGGUGGAAUAGCCAAAAAAGAGUACCUGACGGAUUAUGAUGUCUUAUAUGAAACGUUCAGUGGACUCAUGGAUCACAAGAGUGACUAUAGCCAGGACAUACUUGAAUACUUUAAUCAAGUUGCUACAGUAGUUCUCAAUGAUCUAUCAUCGAUUAAGAACUUCAAUAAGAGCAAUUUGACAACUGAUGAUCUUGUAAAUUAUCUCUGCAUAUUUGGGUGCAAUAAUUUUACAGUGCAUGAUAAUCAGAUAUUUUCUGUUGGAGAAGGAACUUAUCCAGUCGGAUCUUUAUUCAAUCAUUCUUGCUAUCCAAAUGCAGUUGUCAUGUACCAUGGAAACGUUCAAAUCGUAAAAGCGAUUGAAGAUCUCAGCAGUAACGACGAGGUUAUGAUAUCAUAUAUUGACACUGCAAAUACAAAAAGUACAAGGCAACAGUUACUCACUGCUAAAUACUACUUUGACUGCAAGUGUAUUAGAUGUAACGGCAACAUUAAAGAUGUAGAUCACCUGCUGGCGCCAGCAUCAUCGACUAUGCCUACCGCGCUUCUGCUAGAACUCUCUACUCGUCAAAGAACGCUUCUCUCUCCUCUACUUCCUUCUUUGUUUAUCAUUCCUAUCUCCAUCCCACCAACUCUGCUCCAAUCGUUACUCUCUCAACCACAUACUCCGCUUGCCUUACUAAGUCAACACCUGUCUGAUCUGCUUAGAAACGAACAGUGGGACAUUGCGGCUGGAAUUGGAUACCGUAUACUAGCCAUAUACGUGCUAUGCUACCCUAGAUAUCAUCCUAUGAUUGGGUUGCAUAUGUAUACAAUGGCCAAGUGUUUUUGGAACAGUACGAGUGAUGGAAGAACGGCUGUAGAGGAGGCGGUAAAAUUGUCAGCAAGUGCUAGAGCAGUGUUGGAAGUGAGCUAUAAAGACUGCGGAGAAAUUAAUUGGGACGUUAUCAACGCUAUUGAUGAUUUAUCAAGGAUGGCGUCGAAAGAACUGAAUACGUGA